AUGGUUGGAGAUGAUCCAAACGCAGGAGCCGCAAAAAAUAAACCUGUUACUUGUGGAGGUGUCCAAUGUCACCCGAAAGCCAUUUGUUACAGGAGCAGAUGUCGUUGCCAAAAAGGACUGACGGGCGAUGGUGUAAACACCUGUCAAAAGAUUUGCAAAUGUACUGUGUCAGGGGAUCCCCAUUUCCACACUUACGACGGGGAAAUCCUUCACUUGAUGGGCGACUGCAAAUAUGUUCUCUCGGAAUCUAUUAAAUUUAAUGAUGAUUGCAAUUUCCGUGUCGACGUGAAAAAUGAGCGCCGAGGAUCCAAUCAGAGAGUCUCUUGGCCUAAAUACGUUGAGAUCCAUAUCUAUAACCAGUCCAUACGUUUAGGACCAAACGAAAACGUCUUUGUGAACGGAGAAGCCAAAAAAGUUCCAUUUAUGAGACUUGGUGGCAAAAUCGAAGUGUUCCAGGUGUCCCGUUCAGUCCAAGUGACCACUAAAUGCGGUAUCCAAUUAAACUUUAAUGGAAAAUCUAUCGCUCAACUCUUGGUCCCUGAUAAAUAUUCAAGUCGCUUGACUGGUCUUUGUGGGGACUGUAACGGUAAAAAGGACGACCUGCGUACAAAACAAGGCCAAGAUGUAAGCAAAGCGAAGGACAAAUAUUCGACGAUUGGUAAAAGUUACAUUGUCAAUGAUGAUCACCAAUCCGAUGGAACUCAGUGCAACACGCAUGAUUUGGAAGCGAAGUGUUCCAAGCAAAUGGAAGCUAUUUAUAGUUCGUCUGAUUACUGCGGCAUCAUUAAAGACCCCCACAGUGUUUUCGGCGACUGUGUGGCAGCUGACAGGGACAUGGCAAACCAGUAUUUCGAAUCGUGCAUGUUCGAUGUCUGUGCCAAUCAAGGUGACAACGAUACAGCUAUGUGCGACAAUAUUGAGGUUUUCUCGUUACUGUGCCGCGAAAUUGGUUUUACGGUUGACUGGCGAGACGAUGACUUCUGCCCCAUUAAAUGCGGACCCAACAUGCAUUACAGCGCAGAGGUGUCCGGAUGUCCAGCGUCUUGUAUGCAACCGGAAGCGCCAAGCACGUGCACACUUCCAUCAAACGAAGGAUGUGCGUGUGAUGAUGGUAUGGUGCUGAACGGCAAGACCUGCGCUUACGUCUCCGACUGUGGUUGCUUCGAUCAAAAUGGGGACUACACUCCCAUUGGUGAAGAAAAAAUGACCGAGAAUUGUAGUCAAGUACUGAAAUGCACCAAGAAGUCGGAUCAUCCCCAGUUGGUGGUUUACAAAGAGCUAAAGUGUCACGCGAAUGCUCAGUGCGUCAUUGAUGGCGGGCAACGCAUGUGCAAAUGCAAGUCGGGUUAUGUUGGUGAUGGCUACACCAGUUGUGGCUUAAACAGCAAGGCAGAUAAACAUUCCAAAAUUGACGAUCGACCACAAGCAGACGCUUCUUAUGCUAAUCAUAGGACGCCCAAAAAAGUCAAAUGCGGGCAGAACGUUUGCCAUCCAAAUGCUCAGUGUAUGAACGACAGGUGCAUUUGUAAACCAGGCCUACAUGGAGAUGGAGUCAAAACAUGUGAUGACGUCUGCAUUUGCUCUGCGAAAGGAGAUCCACAUUACAGGACAUACGAUGGGGAGAUGAUCACUUUCAUGGGACCAUGCCAGUAUCUGUUGACCGCCACAACGCCGGGAGCCACUCAGUGUCAAUUCCGGGUUUUGGUCACUAACGAAAAACGCGGUGGCAUUGGAAAAGCCACCUGGACAAAAGCGGUGGACAUUUACAUCUACAAGCUGCACAUUCGGAUUGAUUUUUCUCAAAAAAUCUACGUUAACGAUGAAGUUCGUUAUUUGCCAUCAAGUGAACUUGACGGGAAAAUUCACAUGUUCCGAACGGGGAAGCACAUGGUUGUAUCAGCCGAGUGUGGUCUACAAGUUGGUUUUGACGGCGUGCAUAUCGUCAAAGUCGUAGCACCUUCCAGUUUGAGCCGAAUGAUGACGGGUAUCUGUGGGGACUGCGAUGGCAUAAAGAACGACAAGAGACUUAAAAACGGAACAGAUGUCAGAAAGAUGGCCAACGCGGACACGCUAGUUGCUGAUUCGUAUCGGGAGUCCAUGGAUGGAGACAAACCACCUCAAGAGCCUUUCGCAGAGCGACGACUAAAAUUUGGUCCUUUAGAUGCUGGCUACGGUAGUAUUUUUAAACUUCUGUUCUUGUAUCGUACUUUUAAAGCUACAUUUAAUAUCUAUCUAUCUAUCUAUCUAUCUAUCUAUCUAUCUAUCAUGGGUCCUCUGUUCAUAUCUAUCUAUCUAUCUAUCUAUCUAUCUAUCUAUCUAUCUAUCUAUCUCAUCCCAAUCUGUUCAUAUCUAUCUAUCUAUCUAUCUAUCUAUCUAUCUAUCUAUCUCAGCCUUCUGUUCAUAUCUAUCUAUCUAUCUAUCUAUCUAUCUAUCUAUCUAUCUAUCUAUCUAUCUAUCCUAAAAUCUAUCCUAAAACGCAACUAA